CUGACUGGCGGCACUGACUGGCACAACCGCUGGGCACUGACUGGUGGCACUGGCGGGCAGCACUGGUGGGCAGCACUGGUGGGUGGCACUGGUGGGCAGCACUGGUGGGUGGGCACAGGUGGGUGGCACUGGUGGGCACAGGUGGGUGGCACUGGUGGGCACAGGUGGGUGGGCACAGGUGGGUGGCACUGCAGGGCACAGGUGGGUGGCACUUCUGGGCACAGGUGUGUGACAUUGCAGAGUGGCACAGGUGGGGGCACUGCUGGGCACAGGUGGGUGAUCUGCUGGGCACAGGUGGGCGGAGCUAGUGGGUGCACUGCAGGGCACAGGUGGGCGGAACUUGCGGGUGGCACUGCUGGGCACCGAUCAUCAGGGCACUGAUCAUCACGUGUCAUUGGACACCGCUGAUCAGGUGGUAAAAGGCCGCUGUGAUUGGC